GUACUUACAUAAAGAGCGACCAAAUUCCUGUUAGAUUUGUGAGCAUUACUUGUCAAAGAUGGGUUCAAAAAGUCGCUCAAAUCGUCACUCUUUCUAUGGCACGGCUUUAGCUGACGAAACGAGAAUUGAGAAAAGAUACAAUCAAGUACGUCAGCGCCGCCUAUCUGCGUUUCAGGAGGUUGCUCCUGGCUCCAUUAACGAACAAACUGGCGGAACUAGAGCAUAUCUUCCACACUGUAUACUUCCUGGUUCUCAGAGAAAGCGUAGUAACUCAUUACCUGAUGCUAUCACUAUAAACAGUAUGAUUACAAAGAUGGAAAAUGAUACGGCUGCGUCAAUUAGCCUGGUGCGACCACGAAGUGUAUCAUUUGAUCCUACAGCUAAACUUUACACAGCAGCGGCUGAAAAUGAUACCAAGGAAUUGAAAAAUAUUUUAGAUUCUGGUAAAGCUAAUCCAAAUACUUUGUAUUUGUCUGGAAUUGCUCCACUGCAUGUCGCUGCUGCUGAAGGGCAUUUGGAAACAAUUACAUUACUUGUACAGUAUGGUGCUAACAUCAAUAUACAAGAUGCUGAAGGCUGUUCACCGUUAGAGUUUGCAUUACGUGGAGGACAUUUUGACUGCGCGUCGUUCUUGAUUAAGGUGGGGGCUGAAACCAAGAAAAUCGUUCAUGGUUUAAAUUAAACUUUGUGAUACCCAUUCGGGGUGAAUAUUAUUAUUGCCAAUAUUGGCCAUGUAAAUGGGUAAAUUAAAAUUUAACUGACAUUGUACAUAGCCAUGUAUAGUAGCAUUAAACAGCGCAGAUAUUCAUGCAA